AUGGCAAUGGCGAGGUCAUCAACGAUCCAUAUUAAUAUUUCUUCUUCAACCUCCCACAAAGCCUGGUUACAACAAGCACGACUGAUUUCCACCACCGUGAAAAACACCACGCGUGUCCCUCCCGACACCACCUACAAGUCCGAGUCCAGCGCUUCUCCCAUUUCUCGCACUUCCCGCCCGCAUCGGCCACUCUACCGAAUUUCCACGGCCACUCACAAUCCACCUGCCAUCACCUUCGCCAAUCGUCAUCGUCAUCCCUGUUUAUUAUAUUUCCAGUACCCCUCCCCCACAGUCGCAAUCCUGGCUCCCAAUCGCCCUUAUUCAACUGCUUCGACUCGUCUGAGUUUGAUCUCUAGACAUCUCGACUCCUAUCACCAGUCCUCCUACCCUCCUAUAAACACUCCAUAUACCACCGAAAGGUCCUCUCUACCCUUCUCCGACGACGACCUUCCCUACAAUCCUCCUGUGCCUCAUCCAAAAGUCCCUCUCCCACCGUCAAAGAUCCAGAAGCGCAGUCUUUCCACCUCGACUUCUCCCAACAUGUCUACACAAGCAGAACAUGCCUCGCUCCUGAUCCCAGGCCCCAUCGAGAUCAGUGAUGAGGUCACCCAGGCAAUGUCCCACUAUGCACAAUCCCAUGUCGGCCCGCCGUUUGUCAACACUUUUGGUGAAACCCUAACUCAGCUCAGAGAUCUCUUCCAGACAAAGAACCCAAACUCUCAACCGUUUGUUCUGGCUGGAAGUGGUACGCUGGGCUGGGAUCUCGUCGCGGCCAACCUGAUCGAACCUGGUGAGGAUGUUCUCGUUCUACAUACCGGCUACUUCGCCGAUUCUUUCGCCGAUGCGAUAGCUACCUAUGGCGGAAAGCCUACCCAGCUGAAAGCACCUAUUGGUGAUCGUCCUCAGCUACCAGAGAUUGAGGCCGCUCUGAAAGAGAAGAAAUACAAGGCUGUUACUGUCACACACGUUGACACCUCGACCGGUGUGCUUUCGCAGAUCAAGCCACUGGCAGAGCUCAUUCAAAAAGUGUCCCCUGAUACACUACUUGUUGUUGAUGGUGUCUGCUCCAUCGGUGGUGAAGAGCUUGCAUUUGAUGAGUGGUCUGUUGACGUUGCCCUGACCGCCUCACAAAAGGCCAUCGGCUGCCCACCUGGCUUGUCAAUAACCAUGGUGUCGGAGAAGGCUCUCAAUGUCUUCAAAGCCCGAAAAUCUCCCCCAGGAUCAUACUAUGCAAGCUUUAAGAACUGGCUACCCAUCAUGCAGAACUACGAGGCAAAGAAGCCCAGCUAUUUCGCCACUCCUCCUACACAGUUGGUCCAAGCCCUGAACACUUCUCUGAAACAGAUUCUGGCGACUCCGAUCGCGGAACGCUUUGCAAAGCACCGUGAGAUCAGUCAGUAUGUGAAGGCAGAAGUCACCAAACUCGGCUUGAAACAAUUGGCCACUGAUCCAUCAAACGCCGCCAACACCAUGACGGCAAUUUAUUUACCCGAGGGCUUGACUCCUCCCGAGAUUCUCCCCAAGCUCAUGUCGAGAGGAGUCAUCUUUGCCGGUGGAUUACAUAAGGAGAUUGCCGCUCGAUACAUUCGCUUUGGUCACAUGGGCAUUAGUAUUACAGAUCAGUCGAGAGGAGAAGUCGACAAGGCCUUGAAAGCUCUCAAGGAAGGUCUCGCGGAGGUACAAGAAGCCAAAAAGCAGUAG